AUGGACGUGCCGGAGGGCGAGGUUGGGGUGCUGCCGUGCGGCCACUGCCCGGGCUGCGCCGUGUGUGUGCGCUCGUGGGUCGCCCAGGCGGCGGCUUGCCCGACCUGCCGCCGCGCUGCCACGGUGGAGCGCUGGGGCACGAAGCCGGCGGCGAUCAUCCAGCACCUGCAGGAGGUGCUAGGCGAGGCGGGGAGCCGCGCGAUCGUCUUCUCCGCCUUCGACGAGUGCCUCGCGCGCCUCGCGAUCACGUUCGCCGACGCGGGCGUGCGAGCCGUGCGGUGCGAGGGCGACGCCGCCGCGCGGCACGCGGCGAUCGCAGCCUUCUCCGACGUGAGCGCGGCCAACGGCCCGCGCGUCCUCCUGCUCAGCUCGAAGCACAAUGCAAGCGGGACCAACCUGCAGUGCGCCAACCACGUCCUCUUCGUCGAGCCGCCCGGCACCAACGCCACCCACGGCCUGUCUGUCGAGACGCAGGCGAUCGGGCGCACGCUCCGCCUUGGGCAGACGCGGCAGGUGCGCGUCAAGUACUUCAUCGUCGAGGACUCGAUCGAGCAGGACAUCUACGCUGCCCUGCAGCGCGUGCGCGACGCAGCAUCAACCACCGCGGCGCCCCCCGCCUCGUCUGGCCCUGCAGACUCGGCUGAGGCCGCGGAGCAGCUUUCAAUGGAUGCCUCCACGGCUGAGGACGAGCCGGACGUCAACCUGACGCAGCAGUCGUCUCGGACAAUGGAGGCGACGCUCGACAGCGAUCCCGAGGUCCAAGCCGUCCUGCUGCCCUCCCUCUGCUCGUGCCUCCGCUCCGAGCUUGGGCUGCACCAGGCAGACGACGCCGCCACGCUACAGCGCGCGUGCGAGGUCGUCGGCGUCCCGCAGGCGGGCACGCCGCUCCGCCGCGCGCGGGCUUGCCUGGAGGCGCUCUGUGGAGGGGAUUGGUGA